AUGGCGACGCCAGACGGGCCUGCGGCGGGGCAGGCGGCCACCCGCCGCUCCCCCCGCCUCAGCAAGCCCGGCACCGGCGCGGUGGACCCGCGCACCGUGCCCUGCUCGCUGCUAGGUGACAAAACCAUCCGGGCGCGGGGCACGAUGGGCCCCGGCAGCGGCGAGGAGCUGGUGAGCUCCAGCAAGUGGCUCAAGGCGCACGAGAAGGAGCAGCAGCUGCCGCCACCCCAGAAGCCGGCGCCCAAGGAGCGGCUCAAGGCGCUGCUGCCGGCCAAGGACGACGUGCCGCCGCACGGCCUUGGCAGCGGCCGCGACUUUGUGCAGAGCAACGUGCAGGAGGCGGCGGCGGCGGAGCCCAAGUUCAGGGAGCAUCACGAGGUGCGCUACGUGUUCAAGCCACACUUUGGCGAGCUGCCUCCCUACCUGCGGCAGCGCAAGAAGGAGCUGGAGGAGCGGCGGGAGGCGGAGGAGCGCGCGCGGUUGCAGCCAGAGGAGGAGCCGGGGGUGACCGUGAUCAGCGGCGAGGAGCUGGCGGAGCUGAUCCGCCACCUCAAGCUCAAGUGGCAGUCCAUCAACGAGGCCUACGUGCGCCUGCCCUGCGUGCUGGACACGCCCUCCAAGCGGCGCCGCAAGGAGGAGAUGGAGGAGCAGCUGGCGGAGAUUGAGAGGGAUGUGGGCACGCUGAGCAAGGCGACCAGCGUGCGGGUCUCCAGCGCAUGA